AUGGCAUCAUCAACGUUAGAGACCGAUUUGGAUGGAUUCUUGAAGAGGAAUUCGGCGAAUCGCAUCGCACUUGUGACGAGUGGUGGUACACGAGUUCCGCUGGAGAAGAAUGCUGUGCGAUUUAUUGAUAACUUUUCGAUGGGAACGAGAGGAUCGGCGAGUGCUGAGUGA